CUGCACAGAGUAAUAGACACUCACAAAACCUGCAUGAAGAGCAAGUAUGAGAGCUUAUUUGAGGGAAUCAAACUUCAAAAUAAUCAAACCCUGCUGAACAGGAUCUACACACAUCUCUACAUCAUAGAGGGAGAGAGUAAAGGGGUGAAUAAAGAACAUGAAGUUGUACAGAUGGAGAAAACACCCAGAACACAUCAUUCACAACACACUCCAAUCUACUGCAAUGACAUCUUUAAAGCCUUAUCUGAACCUGGAUGUGAGGAGAAAGACCAAAUCAAGGCUGUUCUUACUAAAGGCAUCGCUGGAAUUGGAAAAACUGUUUCUGUGCAGAAAUUCAUUCUGGAUUGGGCCGAGGGAAAAGCCAAUCAGGAUGUAGAUUUCAUGUUUGUGCUUCCAUUUCGAGAGCUAAACUUAAUUAAAGAUCAUCAGUACAGUCUUCACAGACUUCUGCUGGACUUUUAUUCUGAACUUCAAGAUCUGGACUCUAAGAUUUAUGAUGAAUGCAAAGUUGUCUUCAUCUUUGAUGGUCUGGACGAAAGCAGAAUUACACUGUUUUCACACAGACAGAAAGUUUCUGAUGUUACUGAGAUUUCAUCAGUGGGUGUGUUGAUAACAAAUCUCAUAAAAGGAUAUAUUCUUCCUUCCUCUCACAUCUGGAUCACCUCCAGACCAGCAGCAGCCAAACAGAUCCCCUCCCAAUACAUCAACCGUCUGACAGAAAUCCAGGGAUUCAAUGAGUCUCAGAAGGAGGAAUAUUUCAAAAAGAGAAUCAGUGAUGAACAUCAAGCCAGCGGAAUCAUCUCACAUAUUAAAAGAGCAAGAAGCCUCUACAUCAUGUGCCACAUCCCUGUCUUCUGCUGGAUCUCAGCCACUGUGCUUCAAAACCACCUGAAAUACAAUGACAAUGCAGAAAUCCCCAAAACUCUGACUGAAAUGUACAUACAUUUCUUGCUCAUUCAGACAACUAUAAAGAAUCAGAAGUAUGAAGAGAAGGAUCCAGAGAAGCUCCUAAAGUCAAAUCGAGAAAUGAUUGUGAAACUUGCUGAACUGGCAUUCAAACAGCUGAUGAAGGGCAAUGUGAUGUUCUAUGAGGAGGACCUGAUUGAGAGCGGCAUAGAUGUCACUGAUGCCUCAGUAUAUUCUGGGAUUUGCACUGAGAUCUUUAAGGAGGAAUCUGUGAUUCAUCAGAGAAAAGUCUAUAGCUUCGUACAUCUGAGCUUUCAGGAGUUUCUUGCUGCUUUCUAUGUGUUUCAUUCAUAUAUCGCUAAGAACAUGCAAGCACUGAAACCUCUGUUUUUAAUGGUUGAGUGGUUCAGGUUUAGGAAGAUCUCGCUUUGUGAGCUACUAGAAUCAGUAGUUGACAAAACCCUGUUGAGUAAAACUGGACACCUGGAUCUCUUUCUGCGGUUCCUGCUGGGCGUCUCACUGGAGUCCAAUCAGAGACUCCUACAGGGUCUUCUGACACAUACAGAGAACAGUUCAGAGAGCAUCAGGAACACCACUCAGUACAUUAAAUACACAAUCAGAGCUGAUGAUGAUUUCUCAGCUGACAGAUCCAUCAAUCUGCUCCUCUGUCUGCUGGAAGUGAAUGAUCUGACUCUUUACAAAGAGAUUCAGGACUUUGUGAAAUCAGACAAACACUCAGAGGAUAAACUCUCUGCUGCUCACUGCUCAGCAAUAGCCUACAUGCUCCAGAUGUCAGAGGAGGUGCUGGAUGAGCUUGACCUCAAGAAAUACAACACGUCCGAUGAGGGUAGGAGGAGACUGUUACCAGCUGUGAACAACUGCAGAAAAGCUCUACUUGCAGGCUGCAAUCUCACUGAUGAAUGCUGUAAAAGUGUGGUAUCAGUUCUACAAUCAUCAAACUCCCCUCUGAGAGAGCUGGAAUUAAGUAAUAACCUACAGAGUCCAGAAAUAAGGUUGUUGUCUACUGGACUGGAGAAUCUACACUAUGGAGAGGAGAGUUCACAAUGUCAACUGGAGAAACUGAGAUUGGGCAACUGCAGUCUCACUGAUCAAUCCUGCAAAUGCUUGGUCUCAGCUCUAAAAUCAUCAAACUCUUCACUUAGAGAGCUGGACCUGAGUAAGAAUGACCUGAAGGAUUCAGGAGUGAAACUGCUUUGUGCUGGACUGAAGAGUCUAAAUUGUGUACUGGAGAUACUGAGAUUAUCUGGCUGUAUGGUGACAGAGGAAGGCUGUUGUUAUCUGGCUUCAGCUCUAAGGUCAAACCCCUCACACCUGAGAGAGCUGGAUCUGAGCUACAAUCACCCAGGAGACUCAGGAGUGAAGAUGCUCUCUGAUCUACUGGAAGAUCCACAUUGUAAACUGGAGAAACUCAAUGUGGAUCAUGUUGGAGAGGUAAUGAUUACAGCAGGACUACGCAAAUAUGCCUGUGAUCUCACACUGGAUCCAAACACAGUGAACAUUCAUCUUUGUCUGUCUGAGGAGAACAGAAAGGUGACACGUUUGGAGGAGCAGCAGUCAUAUCCUGAUCAUCCAGACAGAUUUGAUUUCUUUCCUCAGGUUGUGUGUAGAGAGAGUCUGUCGGGACGCUGCUACUGGGAGGUUGAAUGGAGCGGGUGGAGGGGGGUUGUUAUAUCAGUGGCACAUAAAGAAAUGAGCAGGAAAGGAGGAAGUGAUGAUUGUAGGUUUGGGUUCAAUGAAAAGUCCUGGAGUCUUGAUUGCUCCGAUGACAUUUUCACUGUCUGGCACAAUAAACUUAGCACUGACAUACCCGUCCCAUACUCCAAGAGAGUAGGAGUCUAUCUGGACUGGCAGGACGGCACUCUGUCAUUCUAUAGUGUCUCCAAAACACACACACUCGCACACUUACACACAUUUUACUCCACAUUCACUGAACCUCUCUGUGCUGGAUUCAGGGUUUUUAUUGACUCUUCCGUGUCUCUUCGUCAAAUUGGAAAGAUUCGAUACAAUAGGGUGAAAGGUAUUUGGAAGGGGUUGAGAAGUUUGGAACAUCCACAAAUCAUUAACAUGUAA